AUGUUCCGGGCCUCUCUGCGGUCUGUCGCAGACCCUCUCCGCGAACAUGUCUGCCUCUCCUGUUUAGCGCAGAGGCCCGGAGGUCGUCACGGUCUCCGCCUCUUCCACAGCACCUCUGUCUCUCUCACCGAGGAUAGACAUGGUGCGUCUGAGGAAGUGUCCCCGGACGCAGUGAAUCCUCCCACUCAAGCUCCCGUGAAGGUGAGGCGUGCUCCUUACCAUCCACAUGCACCUGGUGCGACUGCUGCGUGUCACUUACCGACAACACGCCCAUUGCGAUCCCUUCGUCUGAUUUGUGUUGUUGAAGUAUGCUCGCUGACAUGGCUUGCCUUGAAGGAUUAUGUGGGACUGCCGAAAAGGCCCAAUUUUCCAAAACUGCCCAAAAAGGGCACCAGCCCGGAGUCCAUUCCGCAGGACCGGAGUGAGAAAGCCCGGGGUCGCCGUUCGAAGAAGGUCCGGAAGGUGGCUUCUAAGAAGAGCCCCAAGGGAAAGGCUGGAAAAGUCUCGGAACAGGGGAAAACAGCGGAUGGGGGGAAACUCGACUCCACUUCUCGCAUCCAAUCAUCACUCCAGUCCAUUGUUUCUCGGCUUGAAGCACAAAAGUCGCCCGCUAUUACUGAGGAAGACGAAGCCUCGUCUCUCGUAAAUGCAAAGGAGGUUGGCAGCCUCAAAAACAAGAGCAUUGUCUUCAAGGCACUGAAGAAUGUUAAGACACCACCGGUUCCGCAGUUGUCCUACGGUCUGGAAAGAGUCUUGUUCAACCCAGGUGUCUACCAUCUUCGCGAUCCCCGGUCUCGUGUUUAUAACUUUGACCCCUACCUGGGCUCUAUCAUGCCCGUGACAGAAUUCGACUUUACUGCCUUGAAAGACUAUAUCACGUCCUCCAAGGAUAAGACAUUGCAAACAUUGGCCCAAAGCAAAUGUAGGAAAUACAUGGGCUCGUCGUCAAGCAUGACAUCCACACUUUCGCACUUCCACUACCUCCUCUCUGCGUGGAGGGGAAUCGAUAUUCGCACCGUUUCCCAAGGCUUCCCGGACAAACUACGGACGUUUACACGAUUGAUGCGCGCUCCCACGGCCAUGUUUCUUCGGUACCAGGGCGGCGUGUACGCCAUCGAUGCUGAUAAAGAAUUCGACUCGGCCAACAUUCUCAUGAAUCUGGGCAAGUCGAUGGAAAAGCUUCUCACAUUGCCCAAGGAGGAUUUUGAGCGCUACCGUCGAUCCAGUGAGAACAAAAUCUCCCCGGAGGAAGAGCAAGCUGUCCCGGAAGCCUACCAUUAUUCCACUAUUGAUGAUUUCUUGAUGCGAUCCCAGCUAGAUGCCUACGAUCCAAGACUUCCCGGGACUGGGAUGUUUGACCUAAAGACCCGAGCAGUCGUGUCUAUCCGGAUGGAUGCACGGAAUUUUGAGCAUGGCCUUGGCUAUGAGAUUCAAGGCCGGUUCGGAGCGUAUGAAUCGUAUGAACGGGAAUACUAUGAUAUGAUCCGAGCAGCUUUCCUCAAAUAUUCACUUCAGGUACGGAUCGGUCGCAUGGACGGCAUCUUCGUAGCGUUCCACAACAUCGAGCGUAUUUUCGGAUUUCAGUACGUCAGCUUGCCGGAAAUGGAUCUUGCGCUGCAUGGUCAAAGUGACACGUCGCUGGGCGAUUACGAGUUCAAGCUGAGUGUAUCACUCUGGAACAAGGUCCUGGACAAAGUCACGGAGAAAUUCCCCAAGCAGAAUACUCGUCUCCACUUCGAGACCCGAGACGCCCAAACUCCAUUCAUGUAUGUCUUCGCCGAGCCGGUGACUGAGGAUGAGAUCCAUGCUAUUCAGACAAAGAACCAGGAGGAGAUCGAUGCCUACCAGCGACGCAUCUUAGACCUGGCACCCCACGAGCAGGAAACCUCUUCGUCCGGUGACAGCGCCCAAGAAACUCCGCUGUCUGUUCCCGAUAGCCAGGCGCCAGGGUCGAACGUCACGAAGAGCAGUGAACCACUAUCAGAUGCGACGUACGAUUCCUCCGCGCCUCCCGACGAAUCCUUCCUGUCCGAUCUAGAAGGCGGGUCCGCAGAGAACAGUGAGGAUGAUGGCAAAGAAUUGAUGGCGAUGACCGUCAAGAUCAGAAACAAGGUCAAUGGGAAAUACGUAGAACGACCUACAGACCUCAAGGAAUCGGACCUUUGGAUCGUCGAAUAUGAAAUCAAUGAACUGAAAGGACCACGAGUCCGGUCAUUAUACGCCGCAUGUCAGAAGCGACGAGCCAAGGCUCUUGCCGGCCGAGGAGAGGACGAAACGGACGUUGCCGGUAAUGUGUAUAUUCGAAAACUACGCGAGAUCAGCCAGCAGGGACGGCUGUUUCGCAAGGAAGAAGACCGAAAGGACGAGAAGAAAGGCGUGGUGGUUUUGGACUCUUCUCCCUGA